AUGCGCCGUGCCAUCUUCUUUCCCGUCAAAAGCGAGGCACGCUUCGUAUGGAUAGAGACGGAUCGGCUUUCCAACCAACCUGAUUUUGAGCGAAUCAAGAAGAAGUGUUUCAAAAACUCGAACUGCAGCAUAGAAAGAAUCACAAUCGAUGAGGACUUGGUCUACAUGAAGAAGCUCAACCCACAGAUUGUGCUGGUCUACCGCGCAAAUUCCGCUUCUGAUGGCUCUGCGGUCAAUCAGAGUCUCUCCAGACUAAACGACGAAACUUGCACAUCUUGGAAAGGCCCUGUCCUUGCUUAUGGAUCAGAAAUGAAGAUGAAUGCAGCUGGUCAAGAGACAAUUGUGUGCACAGACCUCGACACUACAGAUCUCGGAUCCAUCAACAACUGGAUCAUGGGACCGCUCGAGCCUGGCAAACCGUUUCACGGCAGCGUCAUCUUCAGCCAUGGAGAGUCGAGCAAACGUGGCCGUCGCUUCGAUUCAGCCACUUUGCAAAGUCUUCCUGGUGUAACCAAAGUGCCUCUUAGCCUUGAGUCUCAGAUCGCCUAUGUCUUCGGUAUGCCUCUUAUGAUCAUGUUCAAAAUCCCUGCAGAUGCGACCGCGUCGAAGGAAUAUGAAGAGAUUAUCAAAGCAGCUCGUUCAGAUAUGCCCUCCGACUCUUACAACUCGACUGCAGGCCUUCUACUGAUGGACCUGGAGAACAAGAAUUCAGAUGCCUCCCACUUCGCUGAGAUCCCUGAACGUUACAUCAAGAAGAGUCUAGGUGACGCCAUAGUGGUUCGCAAGGAUGGUAGACCGCUGGAGACUGCUCAGUUGGAGGCAUUUUGCAAUUGGGUGGAGCAUGAUCUACUACCACUGUUCACCGAUGCUCGCCUGUCAAUUGCUGAAGAAUUGAAUGUUGACCCUGCCGCCGAUAGUGAGGGAUGGAAGAAGCGGGCAGACUUCUGCCUUGACUUGCGCCAGAAGAUGCUGGCUCGCAUCACGAGAAAGAGGUUCUAUGGCUGGUGUGAGAAGGAGGGAUUGAAUUUGGAGCACUUCUAAAUGAUGGCAGGGGAUACUCGAAGAUGACACGCUCGCGUGUGGUGUCGCCGUUUCGGAUGGGUGGCUCAUGAUGCAGAUGGAGGUAACGGCAUGAUCAAGGGAGGAACAGAUAAGUGAAGUGAAAGCGAGUGAUUGAAACUUCGGUCAGUAAGCAAUGCAUG